GACUUGUUGAGACAAACACAAAUAUGGCCUUCUACAGUUAUAAAACAGUCUUAGCUAUUGCCCGAGCAAGAUUCCCUAGCCAUUGUGUCCAUCCCACCAGCUCUUCUCACUCCCCAUCAUUUGCAUUUCUUCACUUACCAGAUUCCCAUUUAUAUAAAACAUAUAUGAAGAACUAUGGCAGCAAGAAGUACUCCUAGCCUACUCAGACAGGCCAUAAAGUACUUCACUUAAGGACUAGAGUAAUACAAAAGCUGCACACAUCUGCUUACUGGCUGCAGGAGGUCCCGGGUAAACCUCAGCUGGAGCAAACCACAAAGAAGCCACAGGUGCCAAGCCCUCAGCCAACAGAAGAAACUGGAGUGAAGAUUAAGGAAGAAAAGCGAUCUUAUAGGCAGAUAAUUAUGGAUGAACUUAAAUAUUAUCACAAUGGAUUCUAUUUGCUUUGGAUUGACACCAAAGUUGCUGCCAGAAUGGUUUGGAGGCUGUUGCAUGGACAGGUGCUGACCAGACGAGAGGGAUGAAGGCUGUUGAGAACGUGUGCUGAUUUAUUCCGCCUGGUUCCAUUUAUGGUGUUCAUCAUUGUUCCCUUCAUGGAAUCCUUAUUGCCAGCGUUUCUGAAACUCUUCCCAGAGAUGUUGCCAUCAUCUUUGAAAGUGAAUCCAAAAAGGAAGAAAAAGAAAAUGGCGGCAAAGUUGGAACUAGCAAAAUUCCUUCAAGAAACGAUUGCAGAAAUGGCAAGGAGGAACAGGGCGCAGCUGGAGGAUACCUCCACCCAGUUCGCAUCCUACAUCAAACAGAUGUCAACAGGCCACAAGCCCAGCACAAAGGAGAUAGUUCGCUUUUCCAAACUCUUUGAGGAUGAGCUGACCUUGGAGCACCUCGAUCGAUCUCAGCUGGUGGCCCUUUGCAAACUUCCGGAACUGCAGUUCUUUGGAACCAACAACCUGCUCUGCCUCCAGCUCCUGACGAAGCUGAAAUCUAUGAGAGUAGAUGAUGAAGUAAUUGCCAAGGAAGGGGUGAGUGCUCUGAGCCUGUCAGAGCUGCAAGCGGCCUGCAGGGCCCGGGGGAUGCGCUCACUGGGUCUCACUGAGGAGCAGCUGAAGCAGCAGCUCACAGAGUGGCAGGAACUCCACCUGAAGGAGAAUGUCCCUCCUUCUCUUUUGCUUCUGUCCCGAACCUUCUACCUGAUAGAUGUGAAGCCAAAGCCAACUGAGAUACCACUCAGUGGGGAGGCUCCCAAGAUGGAUAUUCCCGUGGGAUCACCCACUUCCUCUGAAUCUAAAGAGAACAUGGCGGGUUUAGCACUUCAACUGAAGGGAACUAAGGAUGAAAAACUAAUACAGCUGCCGCCAGCUACAUCAUCACUUACACCAUCAAAGCCUAUUUCAUUAUGUAAAGGAUCCAUCACUUCUGCUAAAGAAGCUGUAAGUUUCUAAAAAAAGAAAACCCUUUCCCUCUAGUUACUUUUAAGGGCAGUGAGAAUCUAGAAUUAUAACUGUUGCAAAA